UGCUUUUAAUUUGGUGUGGAACCUGCCGAUAAGACACGGCGAAAGCUACGCUCGGUUGGGUUAAAGAAUUCCUGUGGUAUUGCCUAGGCACCCGUCCGUUAGACAUCGUGAAAGCGUUGCGGGUUCGGAAUUCUGUGGUGUCUUGUAGCUGUAAUAUGGAGAAGCUUAAAGGUCUCUUGGGCAGCAAUGCCCCCAUACCACGUUCUUCUCCUUUAGGGGUGCUUAUUAGCACAUUGGAAACAAGGUAAUUUUGGGCAAGACUUACAUAGGGGUAAGUUAAUUGAUUACUGUAAUACAUGGUGGCCAGAAUAUGUCUUGCAAGGUGGUGAAAAAUGGCCACCGAAUGGAACAUUGCAACAUAACACUAUUUUGCAAUUGAUGUUGUUUUGUAUAUGCGAAGGAAAAUGGGAUGAGGUUCCGUAUAUUGAUUUGUUUUUCUACUUGCAAGAUAAGCCAGAAUGGCAGGUUGAAUGUGGAUUGAUGGUAGUUAAGGCAUCUACAAGUGAUAAGUGUGAGGUUUGUGUGAAGGAGAAACGUUGUUUAGAACAUUUUGCAUUGAAAGAAAGUCUGAGUUGGAGGAGUGAUACAGAUGUUGAUUUACAGGUAGCCCCCACAAGACCAAGAGAACCUAACCCUAUCCUGCCUGCCCCUACCCCUACUUCAUCACCUGCUUCAGCCGAUCCUAUUUUGCCUAGUCCUAUUUCACCCACUCAAACCCUCUCUCCCUAUCCUCCUCUUCCACCAUCACCAGACCCCUCUUCCCCUGGAGAUGAUCUAAAUUUAACUGUGGUACAUAGAAGGGGGGAGGAUGGAAGUAAAGGAGAUAGCGAUAGUGGAGAUGAAAGUGAAUCUGCAAUACCGGUAUCUCAUAGGACUCGGAAUCGGUCAAAGCCCGCCCCGGUCUUGGCCAGAAAAGAUCUGGGUAGACAGAAGCGGACUGUGAUUGCCCCCUUACGACAGGGAAUAGGAGCGGAGGGGAUGGUGUUUGUAAAGGUACCUUUUUCCUCUGCGGAUUUAGUAAUUUGGAAACAAUCAGCUGGAACUUUUUGGGAAAAUGCUGAUAAAGUGGCAAGAGUGGUAAAAAUGAUUAUGAAAACUCAGAAUCCAGAUUGGGAUGAUAUACAAGUAAUAUUAGACACCCUAAUGGAUUCUACAGAGAAAGAGAUGGUACUUAAAGCAGCCAAAGAAAGGGCAAGGGAGGAUAUCAGAAACAGGCUUGUAAUGGGAACCCUAGAUGAUAAUUUUCCAACCGAGGAUACAGGGUGGUAUCCUAAUGCACCUGGGCAUAUGCAGAAGCUGAAGAAAUAUCAGGAGUGGGUCCAGAUGGGCGUUCAAAAUGCUGUACCUAAGACUAUAAACUGGUCUAAAUUGUAUGAGAUAAGGCAGGAGAAGAAAGAAUCCCCUACUGUGUUUUUGGAAAGGCUUAAGGAGGCAGCAAGAAAAUACACAGAUCUCCAAACAGAUACACCACAAGCAAAGAUUCAGCUCGCUCUCAUUUUCCAGGGGCAGUCACAGGAUGACAUUAGGAGAAAACUGCAAAAACAAGAAGGGGAAGAAUUAAGAAAUCUGGACAAAUUGCUUGAAGUAGCUUGGAAAGUAUAUAAUAAUAGGGAAAAGGAAAUAAGUAAAAGGCAACAGCAAAACCUCUUGGCAGUAAUACAAGGGAAAGGAAACCCAGGCAUCAGAGGGAGGGGCAGGGGGGGCUGUGGACAGGGGAGGGGAGGUGGACUUGGCAGAGGACAUGGGGGAACUGCUGUGCCAAAAUUAGGAUUUAACCAGUGCGCUUUUUGCCUGCAAGAAGGUCACUGGAUGAACGAGUGUCCAAACCGGUUUUACCAAGGCAAGCAGCCAAGCCAAGAUCAAGAUAUUGCAAAAUUAAUGGUGGUGGGACAAUACAGCAGCUGUCUAGAAAAUAGCAAGGAACCUUUUGUGACAAUAAAGCUAGGUGAUAGAGCAGUAAAAUUCCUGGUGGAUACAGGGGCCACGUAG